CGUUUUUCCCAUUUUCGUCUCCACGUUUGUAAUUGUUGCGCCAUGUUCAGUAUCUUCGUGCGUCGGUGCGUUUGUCCAUUCUCCACGCGUUACGCGGUUUGUCAGAUAGGGAGUUUGGCCCUGGUUGCAGGGUCAUAGACUGUGGUGAAGCCAGGCAGUAACAGGAAGGAUCAGAUAUGUCACAUUCCUCCAGCAAAGGAGUGGAGUAUUAUGUGGAGAAGGCAGCCCGCAAGUACCUGGGAGCCAGUGACUCAUCAGUGGUGACAGCACUGACCUCUUACAUCAAUGCUGGAUACAGCAAGGACAAGACCACCAGUAAGAUCUCGUCGCUGAUCGACGCUAGCAAGGCGGCCAAGCUGACGGCGCGGGUGUACGACCUGCUGGAGGAGAAGCGGCUGGGGCCCAAGUUCGCGGCCAAGCGGCCCGGCGCGGCGCCGGACGCCACCGAGAACGGCGCCAAGAAGAUGCGCCGCGAGGAGGCGGUGAUCUUGGGAGGCUGCUCAAACAGGCUGUUUGUCAAGAUGUGA